CUGCAGGCGGACGGAGAAAUGCUGGCGCUGAGCGGCGGGACCCAAACGCUGCACGGCGUGGAGAUCUCCAGAGACCGGACAGGCGUGGCGGCCAAGAUGGCCGCCGCCAAUCACAGCGUGACGGUCCUGUUCGACGGCCUCACCUCCGCGAUCCACAUCACAGCCACUUCUGAGAGUCCUGCAGGUGGAUGGAAAAGCCAGCAGCUUUUAGCAUUCCUGGCUCCUCAGAAACAGGAGAGAGGAGGACAGAAAGAGGAGAUGAAGAGGAAGAAUAAUCCAAACUCUCCAAUCCAAGAUGGCAGCCAAGCCACACCUCUGUGCGGGCGCCUGCUGGAGGCUCCUUUCUCGUUCUGCCACCGGGACGUGGACCCGCACCCCUUCCUCCAGGCCUGCACUCAGACGCAGUGCCACCUCCCUCCAGCAGGGGGCGCCGGCUGCCCGCUGCUGGAGGCCUACGCCCAGACCUGCCGCCUGCUCAGCAACAUCUCGCUGGAGGGCUGGAGGCCCGCCGCCGGCUGCUCUCCUGGUCCUCAGGACGGAUGCAUGGACAAAGUCUGCAGCCAUCACGAGUUCUGUGGCGUGGACCGCGUCACGGGAGAAACGCGCUGCCUCUGCAGGGCCAUCUUCGCCUCGCAGUACCAGCCCUCAAACAGCUUUGGUGAGCCGACGGUCUGUGGGAAGAAGUCUGCCUCGGUGACUUUUGCCAACUGUCUGCUGGAGAACAAAGGCAUCGACUACUCCCUGCUACAUCUCAAUGACCGGAGCUGCAAAGGAGAACUGGACAACGUCACCCACAUGGUGACGUUUGGCUUCGACGGCGAUAACUCCUGUGGUACGGUGAUCCAGGCAAACAGCAGCCACUUGAUCUUCAGGAACACCAUCAAGUCUGGGAACAUCUCGUCACCUGGAGGAAUCAGCCGCCACGGCGAGGUCAGCAUGGACUUCUCCUGCUUCCACAGCCAGCCGGAGGUCGAGAGCUUGGCCAUCAAGCUCAGGCACAGGUGUGUGGCAAACAGCAGCCACUUGAUCUUCAGGAACACCAUCAAGUCUGGGAACGUUUCGUCACCUGGAGGAAUCAGCCGCCACGGCGAGGUCAGCAUGGACUUCUCCUGCUUCCACAGCCAGCCGGAGGUCGAGAGCUUGGCCAUCAAGCUCAGGCACAGGUGUGUGGUUAGCACGGGGCUAGCUUAG